AUGAUUUUGCAUUUCUGGGUAGGGGGCAUGAUGACUGUUUAUUAACAGUGAUCCUCCCUCUCAGCUUGGGCACACUGCUGUGGAUGGCUGUGCAUAGCACAGCCAUCCACAGCAGUGUGAUUACAGUGAAUCACACACAUCCCGCCCCAUAGUAAAACACUCCCAGCACACAGUUAACCCUUUGAUUGCCCCUCAUGUUAACCCCUUCCUGCCCAGUGUCAUUAGUACAGUGUCAGUGCUUUUUUUUUUUAGCACUGAUCACUGUAUUGGUGUCACUGGGGAUGUCAGUGACACCAAGUCAGUUCCACCCAGUGUCAGAAUGUCCGCCGCAGUCCCGC